CCCGCUCUUUACGAUUCUGAUUCAACACGAAGAAACAAGAUCGAGAUUUUCCCGAGAUAACAAAACAGAGCCUUUCAACAAUGUCGCUGAUUCCCAGCAACAUCUUCGGCCGGAGCAGCGUCUUCGACCCUUUCUCCUUCGACACGUGGGACCCAUUCUUGAACUGGCCGACAGCAUUCGGCGGGAGAUCCGACGUGGCGUCCGACACUGCGGCGCUUGCGAACGCGCGCGUUGACUGGAGGGAGACUCCUGAGGCGCACGUGUUCAAAGCCGACCUCCCGGGGCUGAGGAAAGAGGAAGUGAAAGUGGAGCUGGAGGAAGGCAACGUGCUGAAGAUAAGCGGAGAGAGGCAGAGGGAGAAGGAGGAGAAGGGUGAGACUUGGCACCGCGUGGAGAGGAGUUCCGGCCAGUUCGUGCGGCGGUUCAGGCUGCCGGAGAAUGCCAAGGCGGAGGAGACAAAGGCGGCGAUGGAGAACGGUGUUUUGACGGUGACGGUGCCGAAGACGGAGGUGAAGAAGUCUGAGGUUAAGGCCAUUGACGUCAAGUGAAGAAAGCGUGUGUUCUCAUCAAACUGGUUCUGUUCUGUGAUAUGGAACAUAUGUUAUGUAAUGAAUAAAUGAUGGGUGUGUGAAACUUUUGAGAAUUAUAUCUUGAUACGUAUGUGCUUUGCUUGAUCUUUACUGUUCAAUAGAAUCAAAAGUCUGUUCGUGUUUA